UUUGGCUGGUUUCUGUUCCGCCUACAGACCAUUCAGAUCACGAAUGCCAAAGUCAGGGGGUCAGGAGCUGUGGAGAAUGUCUGGCAGCUGGGCCACACUGUGCUUGGUGUACUGAGGAGGUGAGUGGCCUCGGAAAUACUCUAUGACUUCUUCUUCGAAGGGAUCACUGUUAACUCAGCGCUGUGUACGUUUUUAGGGUCACAGAGAAGUUUCUCAGUGCUGCACUUCAGUUCCUUGAACAGAGUGAUGCCUGUGGGGAAGGACAACAACCUCUAUGUGAAUGAUUGUUUUUGUGUGUGUAAAGGGUCCGUCAGUCAUUUAUCUGACCACGAAACUUGUGUAAAAAAUGUAGAAUUUCGCUUAAAGAUACAAAAUAAGUAGACUCUGGAAAGUCUAAGUGCCGUCUCAUUGGAUAUUCUACUAUGAAGAAGUUUUUUUUGAAAGUGAUGCAACUGACAAAUCAUGCAUCUCUGCUGCUGACUGUGUGUUAAUAAGGACUUUUAUUAUAUCUGACAGAUCUUAUGUUGCCAUUUGCAUGCGCAUUUGAACAGCGAUGCAAGCAUGUUCUGUUGUCAAAACAUAAAAUAUCAUAAAAGCAAGUGCUGAAAAAAGGGCCAUCAUGAGCAAGUGUUGAAUGUAUGUGUCAUUUUUAAUUACAUUUAUUUGCAUAUUUGAAGGAUGCAGGCGUGUUGUGAGCAAAGAGAGAACAAACACCCAAGCUGCUUUUCAUUAUGACAUUCACAUCCUCUCUAAAUCACUGUCAUUAACUGCAUCGGAGAUAUCUCUCUAUGCAAAUUGCUGUUUGGCUCCAUAGCUGCAGUGUUGUUUAGUCUUUGCUGUCUUCCUACAUUUAAUUUUCCGUAUGUUUUUGGGGUGGGUGUUGAUAUAAGAGCUAACAGUAGCUACUCUCCCUGAGGCCCCACGGAGCAUAUAGCAAUAUACAUCCAUAACAAACUCGUGCGUAACAAAACUUGGCUGAACUGAGCCUAAACUUGUGUAAAGACUUUUCUAGAAGUGGGUCAGAACAUGUGGGAGCGCUGCGACACCGCCGGGGUGCUGCUAAGGAGGGGAUGUCCUUCAGAUCGCCUGGAGGAUCCCAGAGGUUCCACCGUCCUUCUGAAAAACAAGAAGAUCACCCUUCACCCUAAAGAACAAAGAACACAGACACGGUGGCACAAGCAGGUGACGCAACUCCAGCCUCAGAGUGUCCACAUGCACCUCAGGCCAGGUGAACCCCAAACCUUGGAGGUGAGGUUCAGGCGUGUGGAGGACCACCCCAUAGACCUGUACUACCUGAUGGAUCUGUCCUUCUCCAUGGAGGACGACCUGCCCAAUGUCAAGAAGCUGGGAGCCGACCUCAUGGAAGAGAUGAGAAAUACCACCAGCGACUUCAGAAUGGGCUUUGGCGCGUUCGUGGACAAGACGGUGAUGCCGUACAUCAGCACGGCGAAGGACAUGCUCAGAAACCCCUGCAAGAGAACCAAGCCGUGGCCCUGCGCCCCUCCAUUCACCUACCACCACCUCCUGAGCCUCACCGCCAACGGAAGCCGAUUCGCAGAGCUGGUGGGGGGGCAGCGGGUCUCCGGUAACCUGGAUUCACCAGAGGGUGGGCUGGAUGCCCUGGUGCAGGCCGCCAUGUGUGAGGAGCAGAUCGGCUGGAGAAAUGUGACUCGUCUGCUGGUGCUCUCCACAGAUGCUGGUUUUCACUUAGCCGGAGACGGCAAAUUAGGCGGAAUUGUACUUCCCAAUGACGGAAAGUGCCACUUGGAAGAAAAUGUGUACACCAGAGGAAACUCACAGGAUUACCCUUCGGUGGCUCACGUCGCCGAGACGCUGAGACGGAAGAACAUCCAGAUCAUCUUCGCCGUCACCGAAGAAGUCACACACCUGUAUGAGGGCCUGAGAAGCAUCUUCCCAAAAUGUGCGGUCGGAACGCUUUCCAACAACUCCCACAACAUCCUGCAGAUAAUUGUCGAAGCGUACAAUGCGCUGACCUCUGAAGUUGUUAUGGAGAACAGUAAGCUGCCACCGGGCUUUUCCAUCUCCUAUGCUUCUCACUGUAAGAACAGUGGACCGAGGCACGGCGAACAGGGGAGGAGGUGCUCCAACAUCUCCAUGGGUGACGAGGUGAGCUUUAAUGUAAGCAUUAUGGCGCCUCAGUGUGCGACUGCUUCACAAAGACCAUCCCGUGUUAUUAUUAAGCCCCAAGGCUACGGUGAAGAGGUUGAGGUCCUGCUGAGCCCCAUAUGCGAGUGCUCAUGUCAAAAGGACGCGGUCCCACACAGCCCUUCAUGUAGCCAUGGCAACGGCACUCUGGAGUGUGGUGCGUGUAGGUGCAACGAAGGAAGAAUCGGAGUGUCCUGCGAGUGCGAUGGAGAGGAGUCGGGCGAGGUGGUCGAGUCGCACCUUUGUCGCCGUGAUAAUGCAUCACAGGUGUGCAGCGGACGUGGAGAGUGUGUUUGUGGGAGGUGUGUUUGUGGAAAGAGCGGCAAAAAGCCCAACUACUACGGGCAGUUCUGUGAGUGCAGUGAUUUCAGCUGUGAUCAGUACCGAGGGAUGCAGUGUGGAGGUGGAGGACGGGGCAGGUGUGUGUGCGGGGAGUGCAAGUGUCUCCCGGCGUUUCGCGGUCGAGCGUGUGAGUGCCCUCUCAGCUUGGAGUCUUGUCUGUCUCAGGACGGACAGAUUUGCGGGGGCAGAGGCGACUGCCACUGCGGGACCUGCAUUUGCCGUGACAUCCGCUUCCAGGGCCCGACUUGUGAGCUUUGCCCUUCCUGCCCCAGCAUGUGUACCUUACACAGAGAAUGCGUCUUGUGCGGGGCCUUCGCGCUGGGCUUGAGUCCAGAGGAGUGUGCGGUGAAGUGUGCCCACCUCAACGUCACCUUGGUAGGUCAGGCUGGUGUCUUAGCAACAGCACACCCAUCUUUAAGCCUUCACAGGUGUAUGGAAGUGGACAUGGAGGGCUGCAGAGUGCACUUUCUGCUGAGAGCCGGAGAAAAAGAAGGCUCUAUCCACGCUCGUGUGGCCCUUGAACGAGAAUGCCCAUCAGGUCCAAACGUGAUCCUGAUUACUGCAGUGCUAUCAGGCUCUGUAGUGGUGCUGGGUGUGGCUUUGUUGCUGCUAUGGAAACUACUCACCAGCAUCCACGACCGCAGGGAGUUUGCCCGCUUCCAGAGAGAGCUGGAGCAGAGACGCUGGAACAGGAAAGACAACCCCAUCUACAAGAGUGCCAUCACGACAGUUGUCAACCCCAAAUAUAAAGAACAUUGAUGGCAGCAAUGGAAGGAGAUCUGCUUUUCCAUCAGGAUCCCUGUUGUGAAGCACAAUGACACAACAUCCUUUGCCUGAACCGUUGUCAGCAGAUGGCCCAACUUGUUCUGCAGGAGGAGGGUGAAAACGGAUGUUGAUGUCUGACUUGCACUCCUUUGAUCUCAAUAUGCAACCCCUGGACUGCUAGUCUCCAACCCUUCCCUUCGCUGCAUGCACGGCACGCACACAAAUUCAAGCAGCAUCUCCCCUUAUAAGCUGCUUCUUAGACAUGCUUAGUUGUCUGCGGGAUACAUGCAAAGUUAAUGCGCUCACAUUUUAAAAAAAUCCACAAAGGCUAAUUGCAUAUAGUUAAAUAUUUUUGCAAGGCACACGCGAGAGGAAAAUCUCUCAUAUAUGCUGACGGUUGGCUCGGCUGUGUAACUUUGGUCUCAGAAGGCGAGAGAUAGUGAGGUGAGCAUUCUGCAUUAUGCAUUGUAAUUCAAAUAGAAGCUCAGGUCUUUGCGUGGGCCUCCACUGCCCUCUAGAUGACAGGAGAAGAAAGUGUCCUUCCUGUUGGAAGUGAUGAAGCAGCCUCCUAUUCAUUUACAGUUCACCAGAGUCAUAGAAGAUGUUAUUUUUUUGACACACAGCUAAACUCUUGGUGCUUUCGCGUUCCAGUAGACGACUAUGAAUUUUUCAAAUAGACGCGCUGAAACCAACAAUAAGUGCAUAUGCCAGCCACUUUGCCCCAACACUGGGCUGAAUCGUGUAAAACGCAGAGAAACAAUGGGGAUGUGCAGAUCUAAAUGGAUGUUAGGGUUUCUUUUUUCCCCUUUCUUUUUUGUCUCCAACUGCCUACAGAUGGCUGCUGAUGACCUUGCUGGGAGAGUUGAGCAAAGCAAUAUUAAUCAUAGCGAUGCCUCCUCCACUCCCACAGCCGCUGAGCAGGCGUGCAUGCAGCUUUAACAGCCAGUGGGUGGUGGGAGGCGGCGGCGGCGGUGGUGGGGAAGCAUCACAAGAAAAUGACUCCAUAUGUUUCCACUAUGCAGCAUUCUCUUUCAACUGUGUCUGAUUCUAAAAUUAAUAAAUAAAUAAAAAUGGUGCAAAUAUCGCAUCAUCAUCGUAGGAGGAGGAGACAGCAGCAGAGUCAGCCCUGCCCUGCGACAUGUGAAGGGGGCAGAGAUAGGAGGGUGGAGGGAGGUGAGAUGGUUACAUAACAAAUACUGCAACCAUGUUAGAAAAAAAAACAACAAAAAAAAACCCCACUGUAGCUUGCAUCUUUAUCACUUGUUGAGGCAUGAAUAAAUUUCUCAUUUGUGUCAUUUCAAUGCAAAUAAAAAUAAUCUGACUUUG